CCUAGUACUACUGCAACAACUGCAACUUCGUCAAUGACACCCAGCACUGUAGGUACGGCGGCGACUUCAUCAGUGGUUCCGAGCACUACAGUAGCUGCUACAUCUUCAAUGACAGUGGGUACUACCGCAACAACUGCAGCAUCUUCAAUGAACCCGAGCACUUCUGCAGGAACUGCUACUUCCUCGAUGAAUCCUAGUACUACAGCAACUGCUGCAACUUCGUCAAUGGCACCCAGCACUGUAGGUACGGCAGUGACUUCAUCAGUGGUUCCGAGCACUACAGUAGCUGCUAUAUCUUCAAUGACUGUGGGUACAACCGCAACAACUGCAGCAUCUUCAAUGAACCCGAGCACUUCUGCCGGAACUGCUACUUCCUCGAUGAAUCCUAGUACUACAGCAACUGCUGCAACGUCGUCAAUGGCGCCAAGCACUGGAAGUACUAUGGCGACUUCAUCAGUGGUUCCGAGCACUACAGUAGCUGCUACAUCUUCAAUGACGGUGGGUACUACCGCAACAACUGCAACAUCUUCAAUGAACCCGAGCACUUCUGCAGGAACUGCUACUUCCUCGAUGAAUCCUAGUACUACAGCAAUGUCGUCAAUGGCGCCUAGCACUGCAAGUACUACGGCGACUUCAUCAGUGGUUCCGAGCACUACAGCAGCUGCUACAUCUUCAAUGACAAUGGGUACUACCGCAACAACUGCAGCAUCUUCAAUGAACCCGAGCACUUCUGCAGGAACUGCUACUUCCUCGAUGAAUCCUAGUACUACAGCAACAACUGCAACGUCCUCAAUGGCACCCAGCACUGUAGGUACGGCGGCGACUUCAUCAGUGGUUCCGAGCACUACAGCAGCUGCUACAUCUUCAAUGACGGUGGGUACUACCGCAACAACUGCAACAUCUUCAAUGAACCCGAGCACUUCUGCAGGAACUGCUACUUCCUCGAUGAAUCCUAGUACUACAGCAACUGCUGCAACUUCGUCAAUGGCACCCAGCACUGUAGGGACGGCAGUGACUUCAUCAGUGGUUCCGAGCACUGCAGUAGCUCCUACAUCUUCAAUGACUGUGGGUACAACCACAACAACUGCAGCAUCUUCAAUGAACCCGAGCACUUCUGCAGGAACUGCUACUUCUUCCAUGAAUCCUAGUACUACAGCAACUGCUGCAACGUCGUCAAUGGCACCCAGCACUGUAGGUACGGCGGCGACUUCAUCAGUGGUUCCGAGCACUACAGUAGCUGCUACAUCUUCAAUGACGGUGGGUACAACCGCAACAACUGCAGCAUCUUCAAUGAACCCGAGCACUUCUGCAGGAACUGCUACUUCCUCGACAAAUCCUAGUACUACUGCAACAACUGCAACGUCCUCAAUGGCACCCAGCACUGUAGGAACGGCGGCAACCUUAUCAGUGGUUCCGAGCACUACAGUAGCUGCUACAUCUUCAAUGACGGUGGGUACUACUGCAACAACUGCAGCAUCUUCAAUGAAUCCGAGCACUUCUGCAGGAACUGCUACUUCUUCGAUGAAUCCUAGUACUACUGCAACAACUGCAACGUCGUCAAUGGCGCCAAGCACUGCAAGUACUACGGCGACUUCAUCAGUGGUUCCGAGCACUACAGUAGCUCCUACAUCUUCAAUGACGAUGGGUACAACCACAAUAACUGCAGCAUCUUCAAUGAACCCGAGCACUUCUGCAGGAACUGCUACUUCCUCGAUGAAUCCUAGUACUACUGCAACAACUGCAACGUCCUCAAUGGCACCCAGCACUGUAGGUACGGCGGCGACUUCAUCAGUGGUGCCGAGCACUACAGUAGCUGCUACAUCUUCUAUGACAGUGGGUACUAGCGCAACAACUGCAGCAUCUUCAAUGAACCCGAGCACUUCUGCAGGAACUGCUACUUCCUCGAUGAAUCCUAGUACUACAGCAACUGCUGCAACGUCGUCAAUGGCACCCAGCACUGUAGGUACGGCGGCGACUUCAUCAGUGGUUCCGAGCACUACAGUAGCUGCUACAUCCUCAAUGACGGUGGGUACAACUGCAGCAUCUUCGAUGAACCCAAGCACUUCUCCAGGAACUGCUACUUCCUCGAUGAAUCCUAGUACUAUAGGAACUGCUGCAACGUCGUCAAUGGCACCCAGCACUGUAGGUACGGCCCCGUCUUCAUCAGUGGUUCCGAGCACUACAGUAGGUUCUAUAUCUUCAAUGACGACGGGUACUACCGCAACAAGUGCAGCAUCUUCAAUGAACCCGAGCAUUUCUGCAGGAACUGCUACUUCCUCGAUGAAUCCUAGUACUACAGCAACUGCUGCAACGUCGUCAAUGGCACCCAGCACUGUAGGUACGGCCGCGUCUUCAUCAGUGGUUCCGAGCACUACAGCAGCUGCUACAUCUUCAAUGACGGUGGGUACUACUGCAACAACUGCAGCAUCUUCAAUGAAUCCGAGCACUUCUGCAGGAACUGCUACUUCUUCGAUGAAUCCUAGUACUACUGCAACAACUGCAACGUCGUCAAUGGCGCCAAGCACUGCAAGUACUACGGCGACUUCAUCAGUGGUUCCGAGCACUACAGUAGCUCCUACAUCUUCAAUGACGAUGGGUACAACCACAAUAACUGCAGCAUCUUCAAUGAACCCGAGCACUUCUGCAGGAACUGCUACUUCCUCGACAAAUCCUAGUACUACUGCAACAACUGCAACGUCCUCAAUGGCACCCAGCACUGUAGGAACGGCGGCAACCUUAUCAGUGGUUCCGAGCACUACAGUAGCUGCUACAUCUUCAAUGACGGUGGGUACUACUGCAACAACUGCAGCAUCUUCAAUGAACCCGAGCACUUCUGCAGGAACUGCUACUUCUUCGAUGAAUCCUAGUACUACUGCAACAACUGCAACGUCGUCAAUGGCGCCAAGCACUGCAAGUACUACGGCGACUUCAUCAGUGGUUCCGAGCACUACAGUAGGUUCUAUAUCUUCAAUGACGACGGGUACUACCGCAACAACUGCAGCAUCUUCAAUGAACCCGAGCACUUCUGCAGGAACUGCUACUUCCUCGACAAAUCCUAGUACUACUGCAACAACUGCAACGUCCUCAAUGGCACCCAGCACUGUAGGAACGGCGGCAACCUUAUCAGUGGUUCCGAGCACUACAGUAGCUGCUACAUCUUCAAUGACGGUGGGUACUACUGCAACAACUGCAGCAUCUUCAAUGAAUCCGAGCACUUCUGCAGGAACUGCUACUUCUUCGAUGAAUCCUAGUACUACUGCAACAACUGCAACGUCGUCAAUGGCGCCAAGCACUGCAAGUACUACGGCGACUUCAUCAGUGGUUCCGAGCACUACAGUAGCUCCUACAUCUUCAAUGACGAUGGGUACAACCACAAUAACUGCAGCAUCUUCAAUGAACCCGAGCACUUCUGCAGGAACUGCUACUUCCUCGAUGAAUCCUAGUACUACUGCAACAACUGCAACGUCCUCAAUGGCACCCAGCACUGUAGGUACGGCGGCGACUUCAUCAGUGGUGCCGAGCACUACAGUAGCUGCUACAUCUUCUAUGACAGUGGGUACUAGCGCAACAACUGCAGCAUCUUCAAUGAACCCGAGCACUUCUGCAGGAACUGCUACUUCCUCGAUGAAUCCUAGUACUACAGCAACUGCUGCAACUUCGUCAAUGGCACCCAGCACUGUAGGGACGGCAGUGACUUCAUCAGUGGUCCCGAGCACUACAGUAGCUGCUACAUCUUCAAUGACUGUGGGUACAACCGCAACAACUGCAGCAUCUUCAAUGAACCCGAGCACUUCUGCCGGAACUGCUACUUCCUCGAUGAAUCCUAGUACUACAGCAACUGCUGCAACGUCGUCAAUGGCGCCAAGCACUGGAAGUACUAUGGCGACUUCAUCAGUGGUUCCGAGCACUACAGUAGCUGCUACAUCUUCAAUGGCGAUGGGUACUACCGCAACAACUGCAGCAUCUUCAAUGAACCCGAGCACUUCUGCCGGAACUGCUACUUCCUCGAUGAAUCCUAGUACUACAGCAACUGCUGCAAUGUCGUCAAUGGCGCCAAGCACUGGAAGUACUAUGGCGACUUCAUCAGUGGUUCCGAGCACUACAGUAGCUGCUAUAUCUUCAAUGGCGAUGGGUACUACCGCAACAACUGCAGCAUCUUCAAUGAACCCGAGCACUUCUGCAGAAACUGCUACUAACUCGAUGAAUCCUAGUACUACUGCAACAACUGCAACGUCCUCAAUGGCACCCAGCACUGUAGGUACGGCGGCGACUUCAUCAGUGGUUCCGAGCACUACAGUAGCUGCUACAUCCUCAAUGACGGUGGGUACAACUGCAGCAUCUUCGAUGAACCCAAGCACUUCUCCAGGACCUGCUACUUCCUCGAUGAAUCCUAGUACUAUAGGAACUGCUGCAACGUCGUCAAUGGCACCCAGCACUGUAGGUACGGCAGUGACUUCAUCAGUGGUUCCGAGCACUACAGUAGCUGCUACAUCUUCAAUGACUGUGGGUACAACCGCAACAACUGCAGCAUCUUCAAUGAACCCGAGCACUUCUGCCGGAACUGCUACUUCCUCGAUGAAUCCUAGUACUACAGCAACUGCUGCAACGUCGUCAAUGGCGCCAAGCACUGGAAGUACUAUGGCGACUUCAUCAGUGGUUCCGAGCACUACAGUAGCUGCUACAUCUUCCAUGGCGAUGGGUACUACCGCAACAACUGCAGCAUCUUCAAUGAACCCGAGCACUUCUGCCGGAACUGCUACUUCCUCGAUGAAUCCUAGUACUACAGCAACUGCUGCAACGUCGUCAAUGGCGCCAAGCACUGGAAGUACUAUGGCGACUUCAUCAGUGGUUCCGAGCACUACAGUAGCUGCUAUAUCUUCAAUGGCGAUGGGUACUACCGCAACAACUGCAGCAUCUUCAAUGAACCCGAGCACUUCUGCCGGAACUGCUACUUCCUCGAUGAAUCCUAGUACUACAGCAACAACUGCAACGUCGUCAAUGGCACCCAGCACUGUAGGUACGGCGGCGACUUCAUCAGUGGUUCCGAGCACUACAGUAGCUGCUACAUCUUCAAUGGCGAUGGGUACUACCGCAACAACUGCAGCAUCUUCAAUGAACCCGAGCACUUCUGCCGGAACUGCUACUUCCUCGAUGAAUCCUAGUACUACAGCAACUGCUGCAAUGUCGUCAAUGGCGCCAAGCACUGGAAGUACUAUGGCGACUUCAUCAGUGGUUCCGAGCACUACAGUAGCUGCUAUAUCUUCAAUGGCGAUGGGUACUACCGCAACAACUGCAGCAUCUUCAAUGAACCCGAGCACUUCUGCAGAAACUGCUACUAACUCGAUGAAUCCUAGUACUACUGCAACAACUGCAACGUCCUCAAUGGCACCCAGCACUGUAGGUACGGCGGCGACUUCAUCAGUGGUUCCGAGCACUACAGUAGCUGCUACAUCCUCAAUGACGGUGGGUACAACUGCAGCAUCUUCGAUGAACCCAAGCACUUCUCCAGGACCUGCUACUUCCUCGAUGAAUCCUAGUACUAUAGGAACUGCUGCAACGUCGUCAAUGGCACCCAGCACUGUAGGUACGGCCGCGUCUUCAUCAGUGGUUCCGAGCACUACAGUAGGUUCUACAUCUUCAAUGGCGAUGGGUACUACCGCAACAACUGCAGCAUCUUCAAUGAACCCGAGCACUUCUGCAGGAACUGCUACUUCCUCAAUGAAUCCUAGUACUACAGCAACAACUGCAACGUCCUCAAUGGCACCCAGCACUGUAGGUACGGCGGCGACUUCAUCAGUGGUUCCGAGCACUACAGCAGCUGCUACAUCUUCAAUGACGGUGGGUACUACCGCAACAACUGCAGCAUCUUCAAUGAACCCGAGCACUUCUGCAGGAACUGCUACUUCCUCGAUGAAUCCUAGUACUACAGCAACUGCUGCAACUUCGUCAAUGGCACCCAGCACUGUAGGGACGGCAGUGACUUCAUCAGUGGUUCCGAGCACUACAGUAGCUCCUACAUCUUCAAUGAUGGUGGGUACUACCGCAACAACUGCAGCAUCUUCAAUGAACCCGAGCACUUCUGCAGAAACUGCUACUAACUCGAUGAAUCCUAGUACUACUGCAACAACUGCAACGUCCUCAAUGGCACCUAGCACUGUAGGUACGGCGGCGACUUCAUCAGUGGUUCCGAGCACUGCAGUAGCUGCUACAUCCUCAAUGACGGUGGGUACAACUGCAGCAUCUUCGAUGAACCCAAGCACUUCUCCAGGACCUGCUACUUCCUCGAUGAAUCCUAGUACUAUAGGAACUGCUGCAACGUCGUCAAUGGCACCCAGCACUGUAGGUACGGCCGCGUCUUCAUCAGUGGUUCCGAGCACUACAGUAGGUUCUAUAUCUUCAAUUACAACGGGUACUACCGCAACAAGUGCAGCAUCUUCAAUGAACCCGAGCAUUUCUGCAGGAACUGCUACUUCCUCGAUGAAUCCUAGUACUACAGCAACUGCUGCAACGUCGUCAAUGGUGCAAAGCACUGCAAGUACUACAGCGACUUCAUCAGUGGUUCCAAGCACUACAGUAGCUGCUACAUCCUCAAUGACGGUGGGUACAACCGCAACAACUGCAGCAUCUUCAAUGAACCCGAGCACUUCUGCAGGAACUGCUACUUCCUCGAUGAAUCCUAGUACUACAGCAACUGCUGCAACGUCGUCAAUGGCGCCAAGCACUGGAAGUACUAUGGCGACUUCAUCAGUGGUUCCGAGCACUACAGUAGCUGCUACAUCUUCAAUGGCGAUGGGUACUACCGCAACAACUGCAGCAUCUUCAAUGAACCCGAGCACUUCUGCCGGAACUGCUACUUCCUCGAUGAAUCCUAGUACUACAGCAACUGCUGCAACGUCGUCAAUGGCGCCAAGCACUGGAAGUACUAUAUCGACUUCAUCAGUGGUUCCGAGCACUACAGUAGCUGCUACAUCUUCAAUGGCGAUGGGUACUACCGCAACAACUGCAGCAUCUUCAAUGAACCCGAGCACUUCUGCCCGAACUGCUACUUCCUCGAUGAAUCCUAGUACUACAGCAACUGCUGCAACGUCGUCAAUGGCGCCAAGCACUGGAAGUACUAUGGCGACUUCAUCAGUGGUUCCGAGCACUACAGUAGCUGCUACAUCUUCAAUGGCGAUGGGUACUACCGCAACAACUGCAGCAUCUUCAAUGAACCCGAGCACUUCUGCCGGAACUGCUACUUCCUCGAUGAAUCCUAGUACUACAGCAACUGCUGCAAUGUCCUCAAUGGCAUCCAGCACUGUAGGUACGGCGGCGACUUCAUCAGUGGUUCCGAGCACUACAGCAGCUGCUACAUCUUCAAUGACGGUGGGUACUACCGCAACAACUGCAACAUCUUCAAUGAACCCGAGCACUUCUGCAGGAACUGCUACUUCCUCGAUGAAUCCUAGUACUACAGCAACUGCUGCAACGUCGUCAAUGGCGCCAAGCACUGGAAGUACUAUGGCGACUUCAUCAGUGGUUCCGAGCACUACAGUAGCUGCUACAUCUUCAAUGGCGAUGGGUACUACCGCAACAACUGCAGCAUCUUCAAUGAACCCGAGCACUUCUGCCGGAACUGCUACUUCCUCGAUGAAUCCUAGUACUACAGCAACUGCUGCAAUGUCCUCAAUGGCAUCCAGCACUGUAGGUACGGCGGCGACUUCAUCAGUGGUUCCGAGCACUACAGCAGCUGCUACAUCUUCAAUGACGGUGGGUACUACCGCAACAACUGCAACAUCUUCAAUGAACCCGAGCACUUCUGCAGGAACUGCUACUUCCUCGAUGAAUCCUAGUACUACAGCAAUGUCGUCAAUGGCGCCUAGCACUGCAAGUACUACAGCGACUUCAUCAGUGGUUCCGAGCACUACAGCAGCUGCUACAUCUUCAAUGACAAUGGGUACUACCGCAACAACUGCAGCAUCUUCAAUGAACCCGAGCACUUCUGCAGGAACUGCUACUUCCUCGAUUAUUCCUAGUACUACAAUAACAGCUGCAACGUCGUCAAUGGCCCCAAGCACUGCAGCAACAACUGCAAUUUCAUUGAUGACCCAAAGCACCCCUGCAACAACUGCUACUUCCUCAGUAAUUCCUAGUACUACUGCAACAGCUGCAACGUCGUCAAUGGCACCAAGCACUGCAGCAACAACUGCAUCUUCACUUAUGACCCAAAGCACCUCCGCAACAACUGCUACUUCCUCAGUAAAUCCUAGUACUACUGCAACAACUGCAACGUCCUCAAUGGCACCCAGCACAGUCGGUACGACGGCGACUUCAUCAGUGGUUCAGAGCACUACAGCACCUGCUACAUCUUCAAUGACGGUAGUUACUACUGCAACAACUGCAGCAUCUUCAAUGAACCCGAGCACUUCUGCAGGAACUGCUACUUCCUCGAUGAAUCCUAGUACUACUGCAACAACUGCAACGUCCUCAAUGGCACCCAGCACUGUAGGUACGGCAGCGACUUCAUCAGUGGUUCCGAGCACUACAGUACCUGCUACAUCUUCAAUGACGGUAGUUACUACCGCAACAACUGCAGCAUCUUCAAUGAACCCGAGCACUUCUGCAGGAAUUUCUACUUCCUCGAUGAAUCCUAGUACUACUGCAACAACUGCAACGUCCUCAAUGGCACCCAGCACAGUCGGUACGACGGCGACUUCAUCAGUGGUUCCGAGCACUACAGCACCUGCUACAUCUUCAAUGACGGUAGUUACUACCGCAACAACUGCAGCAUCUUCAAUGAACCCGAGCAUUUCUGCAGGAACUGCUACUUCCUCGAUGAAUCCUAGUACUACAACAACAGCUGCAGCAACUUCCUUGAUGACCCUAAGCAAUUCUGGAGCAACUGCUACUUCCUCAAUAAAUCCUAGUGCUUCAGCAAUAACUGAAAUGUCGUCAAUGUCACCUAUUCCUACAGCUACAACUGUAAUUUCCUCAAUGAUUCCGAACACUGCAGCAACUGCUACAUCUUCAAUGAUGCCAAGUAUUCAACCAAGUACAAUGGCCGUAUCUGGUACGUCGUCAGGGAUAGCGACAUCCACAAGUACUGUGGCCCCGAGCACUAUGGCAACUGCGACAUCUUCAUUGACGAUGGGUACUACAGGAACAACUGCAACAACUGCAACAUCUUUAAUGAACCCGAGCACUUCUGCAGGAACUGCUACUUCCUCGAUGAAUCCUAGUACUACAGCAACAGCUGUAACGUCGUCAAUGGCGCCAAGUACUGCAUCAACAACAGUCACUUCAUUGAUGACCCAAAGCACCUCCAUAACAAGUGCUACUUCCUCAGUAAAUCCUAGUACUACUGCAACAGCUGCAACGUCACCAAUGGCGCCAAGCACUGCAGGUACUACGGCGACUUUAUCAGUGGUUCCGAGCACUACAGCCGCUGCUACAUCUUCAAUGACGAUGGGUACUACAGUAACAACUGCAACAUCUUCAAUGAACCCAAGUACUUCUGCAGGAACUGCUACUUCCUCGAUGGUGCCCAGCACUGCAGGUACUACGGCGACUUCAUCAGUGGCCCCGAGCACAGUGGCAACUGCAACAUCUUCAUUGACGAUGGGUACUACAGGAACAACUGCAACAUCUUUAAUGAACCCGAGCACUUCCGCAGGAACUGCUACUUCCUCGAUGAAUCCUAGUACCACAGCAGCAGCUGUAACGUCGUCAAUGGCGCCAAGCACUGCAGCAACAACAGCAACUUCCUUGAUGACCCAAAGCACCUCUGCAACAACUGCUACUUACACAAUAAAUCCUAGUACUACUGCAACAACUGCAACGUCCUCAAUGGCGCCAAGCACCGCAGGUACUACGGUGACUUCAUCAGUGGUCCCGAGCACUACAGCAGCUGCUACAUCUUCAAUGACGAUGGGUACUUCAGCAACUGCUAUAUCUUCAAUGACGGUGGGUUCUACAGCAACAACUGCAACAUCUUCAGUGACACCGAGCACUGCAGCAACUGCUACUUCUUCAUUGAUGCCAAGUACUUCACUAAGUACAACGGCCGUAUCCGCUACGUCAUCAGAGAUAGCGACCUCCACAAAUACUGUAAUUCUGGGAACAACCACUGCAACAUCUGCCAUGAAACUCACGAGUACAGCAUUAACUGUAACUCCUCCAAUGACAAUGACCGAUGCAGCAGGAACUGCAACUUCCUCAAUGACUACUGCUUUUACAGCUACAACUGCAACUGCCUCAAUGAACCCGAGCACUACCUCAAACACAGUCACUUCUUCCAUGACUCCUAGUAUUGCGAUGUCAACAACGGCAAGGACUAUUAGUACUACAGCUACAACUACAACUUCCUUAAUCACUUUAAACAUCAUAACAACAUUUGCAACGUCCUUAAUGACCCCUAGUAUUUCAGAAAACACUGCUACAUCUUCAAUGACCCAAAGCACUACAGCGACAACUGCUACUUCGUCAAUGACUCCGAGUACUACAGCUACAACUCACAUUUCCUCAAUGAGUCCCACUUCUACAGCAACUUCUACAUCUUCAAUGGCGCCUAGUACUACCGCAACUGCUACCUCUCUAAUGACAAUUGAUACUUCAGCAACAACAGCAUCUUCUCCGAUGACCCUAAGCAAUUCUGCAACUGCUACUUCCUUAAUGAAUCCUAGUACUACAUCAAUUGGUACAUCUUCAAUGACGCCUAGUACUACAGCAACUGCUACAUCUUCAAUGAAUCCUUCUACUACAGCUACCACAGCAUCUUCCUCAUUGAACCCGAGCAGUUCUGUACCAACUGCUACUUCUUCAAUAAAUCCUAGUGCUUCAGUAACAACUACAAUGUCGUCAAUGCUACCCAGCACUACAGCUACAACUGUAAUUUCCUCAAUGACUCCGAGCACUACAGCAACUUCUACAUCUUCAAUGACGCCUAGUUCUACAUCAACCGCUACUUCUUCAAUGACAAUGGGUACUUCAGCAACAACAGCAACUUCUUCGAUAACCCUAAGCACUUCGAUAACAACUGCUACUUCCUCAGUAAUUCCUAGUACCACAUUAACAACCGCAACGUCGUCAAUGGCUCCCAGUUCUACAGCAACAACGGUUCUGUCUUCAAUGACAAUGGGUACUUCAGCAACAUUAGCAACGUCCUCGGUGACCCUAAGGACUUCUACAACAACUGCUACAUCUUCAACGGAUCCGAGUACUACAUCAAUUGUUUCAUCUUCAAUGGAGCCUAGUACUGCAGCAACUUCUACUUCUUCAAUGACAAUCGGCAGUACAACAACAAUUACUUCAUCUUCAGUGAAUCCUUCUACUACAGUAACAACAGCGGCUUCCUCAGUGAACACGGGCAGUUCUGUAACAACUGCUACUUCUCUAACGAGUCCUAGUGCAUCACUAACAACUGCAAUGCCGUCAUUUACACCCAGCACUACAGCUACAAAUGUAAUUUCCUCAAUGACCCAGAGCACUACUGCAACGGCUAGAUCUUCAAUAACACCUACUUUUACAUCAACUUCAGCAACAACAUCAAUUUCUUCGAUAACCCUAACCACCUCUGCAACAACUGCUGCAUCUUCAAUGACGCCUAGUACUACACCAAUUGCUACAUCGUCAAUGACACCUAGUACUCCAGUAAUUGCUGCAUCUUCAAUGACAAUGGGUAUUACAACAACGGGUACAUCUUUAAUGAAUCCUAGUACUACAUCAACCGCUACCUCUUCAAUGACUAUGGGUACUUCGGCAACAGCAACUUCUUCGAUGACCCUAAGCACUUCUGCAUUAACCGCUACUUCUUCAGUAAAUCCUAUUACUACAGCGACAGCUCCUACUUUAACAAUGACUCCAAGUACUACAGCUUCUACUCCCAUUUCCUCAAUGAGUCCAACUGCUACAGCAACGUCUAUAUCUCCAAUGACGACAAUUGCUACAUCAACUGCUACCUCUUCCAUCACAAUGGGUACUUCAGCAAUAACACCAACUUCUUCGAUAACCCUAGGCACAUUUGUAACAACUGUUACAUUUUCAACGACAUUGGGUACAACAACAACAACUCAAUCAUCUUCAAUGAAUCCUUCUACUACAGCAACAGCAGAUUCCUCAAUGAACCCGACCAGUUCUGUAACAACUGCUACUUCUCCAACGAGUCCUAGUGCUUCAGUAACAACUGAAAUGUCGUCAAUGUCACCCAGCACUACAACUACAACUGUAAUUUCCUCAAUGAACCCAAGUACUACUGCAACGGCUACAUCUUUAAUUACGCCUAGUACUACAUCAACUACUACUUCUUCAAUGACGCCUAGUACUACAGCAACUGCUACAUCUUUAAUGAUAAUGGGUAUUACUACAACAAUAACUCCGUCAUCUUCAAUGAAUCCUUCUACUAGAGCAACAACAGCAACUUCCCCAAUAUCCCCGAUCAGUUCUGUAACAACUGCUACAUCGUCCAUGAAUCCCAGUGCUUUAGUAACAACUACAAUGUCGUCAAUGUCAACCAGCACUACAGCUUCAACUGUAAUUUCCUCAAUGACCCCGAGUACUACUGCAACGGCUACAUCUUCAUUGACGCCUAGUUCUACAUCUUCUGCUACCUCUUCAAUUACAAUGGGUACUUCAGCAACAACAUCAACUUUAGUGAUGACUAUAAGCACUUCUGCAACAACUGCUACUUCCUCAUCGAAUCCUAGUUCUACUGCAGCAUCAACAACAACGUCUUCAUUGGCGCCCAGCACUUCAUCAACAACUGCUGCAUCUUCAAUGAAUCCUAGUACUACUGCAUCGGCUACAUCUUCAAUGACGCCUGGUAUUGCAUCAACUGCUACUUUUUCAAUGGCAAUGGAUACUUCAGCAACAACAGCAACUUCUUCGAUAAACCUAAGCACUUCUCCAACAACUGCUACUUCCUCAGUAAUUCCUAGUACUACUACAACAACUGCAACUUCGUCAAUGGUACCCAGCACUGCAGCUACAACUGUAAUUUCCUCAAUGACCCCGAGCACUACAGCAACAAUUGCUACUCCAUCAAUGACUCCGAGUACUACAGCUACAACUCCCAUUUCCUCUGUGAGUCCCACUACUCCAGCAACUUCUACAUCUUCAAUGACGCCAAGUGCUACAUCAACUGAUACCUCUUCAAUGACAAUGGGUACUUCAGCAACAACAGCAACUUCUUUGAUGACCCUAAGCACUUCUGCAAUAACUGCUACAUCUUCAAUGAAUCCUAGUACUACAGCAACUGUUACACCUUCAACGACAAUGGGUAUUACAACAACGACAACAACAAUUUCAUCAUCUUCAAUGACUCCUUCUACUACAGCAACAACAUCAGCUUCCCCAAUGAACUCGGACAGUUCUGUAAUAACUGCUACUUCUUCAAUGAAUCCUAGUGCUUCAGUAGCAACUGCAAUGUCGUCAAUGUCACUCAGCACUACAGCUACAACUGUAAUUUCCUCAAUGACUCCGAGCACUACUGCAACGGCUACAUCUUCAAUGACGCCUACUAUUACAUUAACUGCUACCCCUUUAAUGACAAUGGGUACUUCAGCAACAACAUCAACUUUAACUCCCAGCACUACAGCUACAACUGUAAUGUUCUCAAUGACUCCGAGCACUACGGCAAGUGCUGCAUCUUCAAUGACCCCUAGUAUAUCAGUAACCGCAACAUCUUCAUUGACUCCUAGUUUUGCAGCAACUGCUAUAUCUUCAAUGACUAUGAGUACUACAGUAACAGCGGCAACAUCUUCAAUGAAUCAUUCUACUACAUCAUUAACAGCAACUUCUUCAAUUACCGCAAGCACUACAGUAACAGCUACAUCUUCAAUGACGUCGCGUACUACAUCAAUAACUCUUGCAUCUUCAGUGACGGCUAGUACUACAGCAACUGCUUUAUCUUCAAUGGCAAUUAGUACUUCAGGAACAACUUUCUCGAUGAAUCCUAGUACUGCAACAACAACUGCAACGAUCUCCAUGUUGCCCAGCACUACAGCGACUUCAUCAUUGGUCCCGAGCGCUACGGCAACUGCUACAUCUUUAAUAACGCUAACAACGGCUGCAUCCGCUACGUCGUCAGUGAUAGCGACCUCCACAAGUUCUCCAAUACUUGGAUCAACCACUGCAAAAUCAUCCAUGACACAAGCGAGUUCAGCAACAACUGCAACGGCCUCAAUAAACCCGAGCACUACAGCAAGCACAAUUAGUUUUUCUAUGACUCCUAGUACUACAAUAACAAGAAUGCCUACUAGUACUACAACUGCAACUUCCUCAAUGACCUCGAGCAUUGUAGCAACAACUUCAACGUCCUUAGUGACCCAUAGCAUAACAGCAACCAUUGCUACAUUUUCAAUGACUCCAAGUGCUACAGCUACACCUGCAACUUUUUCAAUGACCCCAAGCACUACAGUAACUACAACAACUACAAUAAUUGCUACUUCCUCACUGAAUCCUAGUACAGCAACAAUGACUGGUUCAUCAAUUACCGCCAUUACCUCAACGACAACUGCAGCAGUGACACCUAGUACAACAUCAAGAGCGGUUACUUCCUCGGUGACGUCUAGUACUACCGGAAGAAUUGCUACUUCUUCGAUGACCCCGACAACAACAGCAACCGCAGUUGCUUCUUCAAUAACUCCUAUUACUACAAUAUCAACAAUUUCAAUGACCCAAAGUACGACAGUAGCAGCGGUUACUUCCUCAAUGACUCCAAUCACAACAGCAACAACAGUUGCUUCUUCAAUGACUACUAGUCCUACAAGUACGGCAUCAACAAUUGCAUCUUCAUCGAUGGCAGCUAGCACUACAGCAACCACUGCUACAUCUUCAUUGACUCCGAGCCCUACAACAACUACAAUAAUUGCUACUUCCUCACUGAAUCCUAGUACUACAACAAUGACUGGUUCAUCUAUUACCGUCAGUACCUCCGUAACAUCUGGAACAAUAACACCUAGUACUACGUUAACAACAGCUACCUCCUCAGUGACAUCUAGAACUCCUGGAACAACUGCUACUUCUUCGAUGACCCCGAGCACAACAGCAACAACAGUUGCUUCUUCAAUGACUCCUAGUACUUCGGUGUCAACAAUUUCAAUGACCCAAAGUACUACAGUAGCAGCGAUUACUUCCUCAAUGACUCCGAGCACGACAGCAACAACAGUUGCUUCUUCAAUGACUAGUAGUCCUACAAGUACGGCAUCAACGAUUACAUCUUCAUCGAUGGCAGCUAGCACUACAGCAACCACUGCACCAUCUUCAAUAACCCCAAACCCUACAACAAAUACAAUAAUUGCUACUUCCUCAGUGAAUCCUAGUACUACAACAACGACUGGUUCAUCAAUUACCGCCAUUACCUCAACGACAACUAAAGCAGUGACACCUAGUACUACAUUAACAGCAGUUACCUCCUCGGUGACGUCUAGUACUACCGGAAGAACUGCUACUUCUUCGAUGACCCCGACAACAACAGCUACCGCAGUUGCUUCUUCAAUGACUCCUAUUACUUCGUUAUCAACAAUUUCAAUGACCCAAAGUUCGACAGUAGCAGCGAUUACUUCCUCAAUGACUCCGAGCACAACAGCAACAACAGUUGCUUUUCCAAUGACUACUAGACCUACAGGUACGGCCUCAGCGAUUGCAUCUUCAUCGAUGGCAGCUACCACUACAGCAACCACUGCUACAUCUUCAUUGACUCUGAGCCCUACAACAACUACAGUAAUUGCUACUUCCUCAGUGAAAACUAGUACAGCAGCAAUGACUGGUUCAUUAAUUACCGCAAGUACCUCAGCAACAACUGCAACAUUGACACCUAGUACUACAUCAAUAGUGGCUACCUCCUCACUGACCUCUAGUACUAGUGGAACAACUGCUACUUCUUCGAUGAUCCCGACAACAACAGCAGCCACAUUUGCUUCUUCAAUGACUCCUAGUACUUCGUUAUCAAUAAUUUCAAUGACCCAAAGUUCGACAGUAGCAGCGGUUACUUCAUCAAUGACUCCGAGCACAACAGCAACAACAGUUGCUUUUUCAAUGACUACAAGUCCUACAAGUACGGCAUCAACGAUUGCAUCUUCAUCGAUGGCAGCUAGCACUACAGCAACCACUGCUACAUCUUCAUUGACCCCGAGCCCUACAACAACUACAAUAAUUGCUACUUCCUCAGUGAAUCCUAGUAGAGCAGCAAUGACUGGUUCAUUAAUUACCGCAAGUACCUCAGCAACAACUGCAACAUUGACACCUAGUACUACAUCAAUAGUGGCUACCUCCUCAGUGACCUCUAGUACUACUGGAACAACUGCUACUUCUUCGAUGAUCCCGACAACAACAGCAGCCACAUUUGCUUCUUCAAUGACUCCUAGUACUUCGUUAUCAACAAUUUCAAUGACCCAAAGUACUACAGUAGCAACUGUUACUUCCUCAAUGACUCCGAGCACAACAGCAACAACAGUUGCUUCUUCAAUGACUCCUAGUACUUCGGUGUCAACAAUUUCAAUGACCCAAAGUACUACAGUAGUAGCUGUUACUUCCUCAAUGACUCCGAGCACAACAGCAACAACAGUUGCUUCUUCAAUGACUAGUAGUCCUACAAGUACGGCUUCAACGAUUACAUCUUCAUCGAUGGCAGCUAGCACUACAGCAACCACUGCUACAUCUUUAUUGACUCUGAGCCCUACAACAACUACAGUAAUUGCUACUUCCUCAGUGAAAACUAGUACAGCAGCAAUGACUGGUUCAUUAAUUACCGCAAGUACCUCAGCAACAACUGCAACAUUGACACCUAGUACUACAUCAAUAGUGGCUACCUCCUCACUGACCUCUAGUACUAGUGGAACAACUGCUACUUCUUCGAUGAUCCCGACAACAACAGCAGCCACAUUUGCUUCUUCAAUGACUCCUAUUACUUCGUUAUCAACAAUUUCAAUGACCCAAAGUACGACAGUAGCAGCGGUUACUUCAUCAAUGACUCCGAGCACAACAGCAACAACAGUUGCUUUUUCAAUGACUACAAGUCCUACAAGUACGGCAUCAACGAUUGCAUCUUCAUCGAUGGCAGCUAGCACUACAGCAACCACUGCUACAUCUUCAUUGACCCCGAGCCCUACAACAACUACAAUAAUUGCUACUUCCUCAGUGAAUCCUAGUAGAGCAGCAAUGACUGGUUCAUUAAUUACCGCAAGUACCUCAGCAACAACUGCAACAUUGACACCUAGUACUACAUCAAUAGUGGCUACCUCCUCAGUGACCUCUAGUACUACUGGAACAACUGCUACUUCUUCGAUGAUCCCGACAACAACAGCAGCCACAUUUGCUUCUUCAAUGACUCCUAGUACUUCGUUAUCAACAAUUUCAAUGACCCAAAGUACUACAGUAGCAACUGUUACUUCCUCAAUGACUCCGAGCACAACAGCAACAACAGUUGCUUCUUCAAUGACUCCUAGUACUUCGGUGUCAACAAUUUCAAUGACCCAAAGUACUACAGUAGUAGCUGUUACUUCCUCAAUGACUCCGAGCACAACAGCAACAACAGUUGCUUCUUCAAUGACUAGUAGUCCUACAAGUACGGCUUCAACGAUUACAUCUUCAUCGAUGGCAGCUAGCACUACAGCAACCACUGCUUCAUCUUCAUUGACUCCGAGCCCUACAACAACUACAAUAAUUGCUACUUCCUCAUUGAAUCCUAGUACAGCAACAAUGACUGGUUCAUUAAUUACCGCAAGUACCUCAGCAACAACUGCAACAUUGACACCUAGUACUACAUCAACAGUGGCUACCUCCUCAGUGACCUCUAGUACUACUGGAACAACUGCUAUUUCUUCGAUGAUCCCGACAACAACAGCAGCCACAUUUGCUUCUUCAAUGACUCCUAGUACUUCGUUAUCAACAAUUUCAAUGACCCAAAGUACUACAGUAGCAACUGUUACUUCCUCAAUGACUCCGAGCACGACAGUAACAACAGUUGCUUCUUCAAUGACUACUAGUCCUACAAGUACGGCAUCAACAAUUGCAUCUUCAUCAAUGGCAGCUAGCACUACAGCAACCACUGCGACAUCUUCAAUGACCUCGGGCCCUACAACAAGUACAAUAGUUGCUACUUCCUUAAUGGGUCCUAGUACUACAACAAUGACUGGUUCAUCAAUUACAGCUAGUACCUCAGUAACAACUGCAACAAUAACACCUAGUACUACGUCAACAGCAGCUACCUCCUCAGUGACAUCUAGUACUACCGGAACAACUGCUACUUCUUCGAUGACCCCGAGCACAACAGCAACAACAGUUGCUUCUUCAAUGACUACUAGUACUACAAUAUCCACAACUUUAAUGUUACCUAGUACAACAACUUCACCUGCAACUUCCUCUAUGACAAUGAGUACUUCAUCAGCGAUUGCAUCUUCAUCAAUGGCAGUUAGCACUACAACAACCACUGGUACAUCUUCAAUGACCCCGAACCCUUCAACAAGUACAGCAACUGCAACUUCCCCGACGAACCCGAGCACUUCUAUAACUACUGCAACUUUGGCAUUGACCCCGAGUACUACAGCAACAGUGACACCUGCUACUCUAGCUACAGCUGCUAUCUCCUCAGUGACAAGUAGUACUACAGCAACCGCUACUUCCUCAAUGACCCUUAGUACUGCAGCUUUAACAGUAACUUCCCCAAUAACCCCGAGCACAACAUCAACAGCUGCCACAUCCUCGAUUCUUUCUAGCUCUACUACAACAACCAUAAUGGCUGCGUCCGCAACCUCAUCAUUGACAGCGACCACCACAGGUUCUACAGUACAGGAAACAGCCACGGCAACGUCUUCCAUGGUACCUACAAGUACAGCAUUAAGUGCAAUUUCCACAAGUACAGCAUUAAUUGAAACAUCCUCAAUGACGCCAGGCACUCUAUCUACACUAUCAACCGUUGCUACUUCAGUGGCUCCUGGUACUACAGCUACAAGUACAUUUUCCGCAACGACCCCUAGCACUACAACUACAAGUGUAACUUCCGGAAUAGCCUCUAGUACUACAACUACAAUAGCAACUUCCGCAAUGACCGCAGGUACUACAGCAACAACUGUGAUUUCUUCAAUGGCUCCUAGUACUGCAACUACAACUUCAACUUCCUCAAUGAUCCCGAGUACUGCAGCUACAACUGCAACGUCCGCAAUGAUGAUGAGUACUUCAUCAACUGCUACAUCAUCAAUGACUUCAACGUCUAUGUCAACUGCUACAUCUUCAAUGACACAGAGUACUAUAACAACAACUGCGACUCUAUCAAUGAAUCCAAGUACUACAACAACAUUUCCCACUUCUUCUAUGACACAAAGCACUACAGCGACAACUGCAACUUCCUCAACAACCCCUAGUAUUGCAGCAACCAGUGCUACAUCGCCAAUGACCUCGAUCACUACAGCAACAACUGGAACUUCCUUAAUGGCAUCGAGCACUACAACAUUUGCUACACCGUCAGUGCCGAUGAGUGUUACAUCAACAAUGACUCCUAGCUCUUCAGCAACAGCAACGACAUUAUCCGCUACUUCGUCAAUGACAUCGACCACCUCAAGUUCUGCUGCGGUUGUCGAAAUCGUCGCUACUGUCACCUUUGUGGUAUCGUUUGAAACGCGAGACGGCCAGCCACUAAACUAUACAGACGACCUCAAUGAUCCAUCUUCGGCUCGCUUUUUGGAGCUCGAGAAAUUCUUCUGUGAAGGGGUUGAAGCCCUCUACCGAUCGAGAUUGUCCAGCUCUUUGAAUCCCCUCCUCACCUUCAACUGUGUGGCAAACAGCUUCUCUCCAGGCAGUGUGGUAGCGGACCUCUCAGCCGAGCUGACGGCGCUGUCGGGAACGAUUACCGAGGCAGAGGUGGAAAAUAUUACCGCAUUGGAAAACACAACAGCCCCUGAUACUAUUUCGGUCAAUGGCACCACAUUUACCGUAGGCUCAUUAAGUACAAAUGUUACGAUACCGACAACGACGCCCGCUCCAUCUACAACUCCAGCGACGCCUGUUGUGGUAGAGGUGGUUGCUUCUGUUACCUUCGUUUUGGCAUAUGAAACCCAGGACGGACAACCACUCAACUUCACCGACGACCUCUACAACAGAACCUCAACUCGCUUUUUUGAACUUCAAGAUUAUUUCUGCCGAGCCGUUGAAAACGUCUCUAGAUCUCAAUUAUCGACGGAACUCGACCCGAUCAUUACCUUCGAUUGUACUGCCAUUAGCUUCGAGCCGGGUAGUGUCAUCGGGACUAUUCUGGCGGAGUUGACGGCCAUACGGGGAACAGUUACUGAUGCUCAAUUGCAAAAUAUAGCUGCCCUAGAGAACAUAGCAUUCCCGACAUCAAUAGAAGUGAAUGGGACCGUGUUUGGGCUUGGGUCCUCUUACACCAGUAAGCCUCUUUGUGCUUUCAAUUGA